GCAUGCCAACUUGCAACCAACCACUGGAUUCAUUAAUUUCAUAAUUGACCCUUCGCCUCCGGUCGCUCCACUCUUCUUCCCGUCCCGAUAUAUAGCCCCCGCCACACCCAGCCACUGGUGUGUCCGUCAUCACCUUCAUACGAUCUGCAGACGAGCUCCGAUCACACGCUUACGUGCGAGCAGCUGGUAAAUCUCUUCGCUUCUGUGAUUUGCUACCUUACCAACCUACAGACCGAGCACGCCGAUGUCAAUCGCCGCGGCCGUGACGGGGACCGCCACAGCGGCGGUGCACGUCGCGCAGCGCCACGCCUCUCCGGCGCGCACCACGGCGCCUCGCCGCGAGCAGUCGCCGCUCAACCCCAACUCGCAGGCCCUCCGCGCGGCGGGCCAACCCAGCGGGUCCUCCGCCUCCCCCACGGAUAGCGUGAGGACUCACAUCGCCAAUCUUGACCGGGUCCUCGGGAAGCCGCCGACGGUGCCGAGGCCGACAGGCAGCCACACCCACGCGGCGGCGACCAAGGAGCCGCAGGCCGGGAGCCGCGACCAGGAGCCGCUCAACGUCCGGCACGGCCUGCUCAACGCGCUCAACCUGUCCUUCUUCGUGCCCAUGCCCGGGAUGCGGGCGCGCACCGCCGCCGACGAGCACAUGUCCCCGCGCAGCCUCAUGCACAUGCAGCAGCUGCUGUCGGCCGACUCCCCGCGCGCGUCCCCGCGGAGCACCAUCGGCCCGCGCUGGCGCGCCCUCCACGGCGAGGGCGGCUGGGCGGGGCUCCUCGACCCGCUCGACUCCGACCUCCGCCGCGAGCUGCUCCGCUACGGCGACUUCGUGCAGGCGGCGUACCAGGCCUUCCAGUCGCUGCCCACCGCCUCGGCCAGGCACCGGGGCCUCAUGCUCCCGGACCGCUCCUACCGCCCCACCCGCAGCCUCUUCGCCACCUCCGCGCUCUCCAUGCCCACCUGGGCCAGGCGCCCCAACACGCCCGAGUGGCUCACGCAGCAGUCCAACUGGAUCGGCUACGUCGCCGUGUGCGAGUCCGAGCGGGAGGUCCAGCGCAUGGGCCGCCGGGACAUCGCCAUCGUCCUGCGCGGCACCAUCACCUGCCCCGAGUGGGCCGAGAACCUGCGCGCCACGCUCGUGCCCCUCGACGACGGAGAGACCACCGCCACCACCCACGCCGCCGGAGCGGAGCAGCCCAAGGUGGCGCGCGGGUUCCGGAGCCUCUACAAGACGGCCGGGGAGAAGGUGAGGAGCCUGUCGGAGGACGUCAUGGACGAGGUGCGGCGCCUCAUGGAGAAGUACAAGGGCGAGGAGCUCAGCAUAACGGUCGUCGGCCACAGCCUCGGCGGCGCGCUGGCGCUGCUCGUGGCCGACGAGAUCGCCACCACCAUCCCCGACGCCCCGCAGGUCGCCGUCGUCUCCUUCGGCGGGCCCAAGGUGGGCAACGCCGCGUUCGUCGAGAAGCUCAAGGCCAGUGGCAAGGUCAACGUCCUGCGCAUCGUCAACGCCGGCGACAUGGUCACCAAGGUGCCCGGGGUGGCGCCGCGGCUGCCGCUCAGCAGGGAGCAUUACCAGCACGCGGGCGCGGAGCUGUGCAUCGACAGCAAGAACUCGCCGUGCCUACGCCCCGACGUCGGCCCGGCCAGCCGCCACGACCUGGAGGCCUACCUCCACCUCAUCGACGGCUUCACGGCGACGGGGAGCCCCUUCCGGUACGACGCCCGCCGCAGUGUCAUACGCCUGCUGCAGCUGCAGAGGGGCAACGUCAAGAAGGAGUACGUCAAGCGCGCCAGGGAACUCGGCGUCGACCCCGCCGCGCCGGCCGAUGUCGGCCGGAGCAUGGCGUAUGGUAACUGCGCCGUCGCCAGCCCGUCAUGAUGAACGAAAUCAUCGCGCAGUAAAUUUUUGGACAAGAAAUUCUUUGGUUAGUCGCGGGCGUCGGUUCGAGAAAAAAAUAUCUAUUCGAUUUUUUUCUGUUCCGAUGCAUGUACAGGAAGAAAAUCAUGGAAGCAUGACUAUAAUUGAACAAGCGAAAGCUUGAGUGUUUUGACCACAA